GGGCGCAGGCGCGGUGCGAGCGCCGGCUGGGUCCCCGGCGUCCGCCUCGGCGGAGCUCGCGCUGCAGGGAGCGUCGGGAUGAGCGCGGGGGAGGCCGACCACUGGGCGUGGCUGCUGGUCCUCUGCUUCGUGUUUGGGUGCAAUGUCCUCAGGAUCCUCCUCCCGUCCUUCUCCUCCUUCAUGUCCAGGGUGCUGCAGAAGGAUGCAGAGCAGGAGUCUCAGAUGAGAGCAGAGAUCCAGGACAUGAAGCAGGAACUCUCCACUGUCAACAUGAUGGACGAGUUCGCCAGAUACGCCAGGCUGGAAAGAAAGAUCAACAAGAUGACAGAUAAGCUCAAAACUCAUGUGAAAGCACGGACAGCGCAGUUGGCUAAGAUCAAGUGGGUUAUGAGUGUUGCCUUCUACGUAUUGCAGGCUGCCCUGAUGGUCUCUCUCAUUUGGAAGUAUUACUCUGUUCCCGUGGCUGUGGUGCCCAGUAAAUGGAUAACCCCGCUCGACCGGCUGGUGGCGUUUCCCACUAGAGUAGCAGGUGGUGUUGGAAUCACCUGUUGGAUUUUAGUCUGUAACAAAGUUGUGGCUAUUAUGCUUCAUCCUUUCAGCUGAAAAAGAAGAUGAAUACAGCUCUGAGACUUUGAAAAAUGAAUUUUCACUUAGGUUAAAAAUCUGACUUAAACUGUUUUAUUGUCUUUUAUUUGUUUAAGAAACAAAAGAGUGCAGGUUAGUUCUUUUGAUGAACCUGUUUGUUCUUGGAUUUUAUGUGAGAUUCUUAUAAGAAUUAAAUUUGUACACUUGUCAUUGAGGCAGAGAGGUCUGUCACGCCUCUGUACUGGCCAGCAAAGCAGCAGAUUUGUGAUAAGAAAUGUGACAUUACAGGCAUCUACAUGUUGUUACUUGUGAUUUGCACACUUGGCAUAUUUUAAGUAUGCUUUUUAAAAAUUGAUUUCAGAGAUGUGAAGGGAGAGGGAGGGGGAGAGAGAAACAUCAAUGCUGAGAGAAAAUUAUCGAUUGGCUGCCUCUCAUGCACAAACCCUAUUGGAGAUCAAGUCUGAAACCUGGGCAUGUGCCCUGACCAGAAAUCGAACUGUGACCUGGUUCAUGGGUUGACGCUCAACCACUGAGGCACACUGGCUGGGCAUUCUCUUGGCAUAUUUUAAAGGUCACAUUGCCAAUUGGAAAGUCAACAUUUUCUCAUAAUUUAAGAACUUUAAAGACUUCAUACUACUUUUACUCCAGAUUAGAAAGCAAUUUAAUGUCACUACUAGAAUUUGAAAAUUUGUUUUUUAAUCUCAUGCAGCACCACUAAGAAUAACACUAACUGACAUUGCCUUGCUUAUCUUUGGUUUAAAAUGUCAUCUGUUGAUCAAGCCUUUGUGGAGUAUUAUCUCCUUAUUUGAAGCUGUUAUUUUUUCAUUCCCGAGUUUUAUAAACGUAUUUGUGAGAUCAUUACGCAUUGUUUUGUGCUUGAAUUAUGUGUUUUGUACUUAAAGCAUUUCAAAUGCAAUGUAUUUAUAAGCAUUUAAUAUUUAUGCUCCAUAGGACGGAACAAAGUUAAACAAAGUAGGAAGCCUGAUUAAAUUAAUUUAAAUGGAUACAUGUUUGGUUCAUAAAGUAUAAUGCUGCUAAAUAUUUUUAAAACACUUCUUUACUAAUUAAAAUCUUUGUAAGUGCUU